AUGAAGGCAGAUCCGACCUUGCAACAGAAGAUCUACCAGUUUCAGGUGGUCGGGCGCAAGCAGCCGACAGAAGCGGAGCCGUCUCCGCCUCUGCUGCGCAUGCGCCUGUUCGCCAGGAACAAGGUGCUGGCUGUCUCCAAGUUCUGGUAUUUGUUGAAGAAAAUGAAGAAGGUGAAGAAGAGCACGGGCGAGAUCUUGGCUGUCAACGAGAUCAAGGAGAAGCGCGCGACCUUCGUGAAGAACUUCGGCAUCUGGCUGCGCUACGACAGCCGAACCGGCACACACAACAUGUACAAGGAGGUCAGAGACAUCUGCCAGAACGGCGCCGUCUCUCAGCUGUAUGCGGAGAUGGCCGGCAGGCACCGCGCCCUCCCCAGCAACAUCCAGAUCAUCCGUGUUGCAGAGAUCAAGGCUAGCCAGUGCAAGCGCCCGCACAUGCUCCAGAUGUUCGACAGCAAGCUAAAGCUGCCCGCCAUCCGCCGCAUCUUCCCUACUCCCAAGGACAAGAAGUCUGUCUUCUGCGCGAGAAAGCCCACUCUGUUCCUCCACUAA